AUUGCCAGAAUAAAGUUUGUUUUAAUUACCGGUAAAUCCUCGAAAAAAUUUGGAAGCGAGGGCCUCUAUUCUUCCCACAAUGCAACGAGGGCUGCCAGAGAAAGGGAGAGAGUGAUCAUGGCGGAUGAUAAGGUUCCAGAAAGCUUUGAGUUGCGAGAAAACAAUUGAACAGUUUGUAGAAACAACACGUCAAAUAGGAAUCAUUGUCAGUGAUUUUCAACCUGGAAGUCAAGGUGUUCUUAAUCAGAAAAUGUAAGCGACCUAUCUUCGAGCGUUCCAUGUAUAAUUUCGGGAUGGAUUGAUACAAAACCGUGAUCGCUUGAAAUGAAAGCGAAAACUUGGCUUAAAUGUAUGCUUAAAUAUGAAUGUUCGUCUCCCUCUGUAACUGUUAACAUUGGGAUUUCGUCAGUCACCUUAAAGAGUGCUAGUUGAUCAUGAGUAAUCUUGCCAAACAGCAGAUCGGAAUUAAUAAUUAUACACAGAUUCCUCCUUCCAGUUGCCUAUCCACGUCUUAUUAGUUUAAUCUGUUUUUUGUUUUGUUUCACAAACUCGAUGAUGGAAAACAUGAGGGAAAUAGAGAAAUGUAAAGCACAUGUUCAAGAUGUAGAGGUUCCGCUGGAAGUAUUUGAGUGA